AAGCGCUUCCGGCAGCCUAGGACCACUAGCCCACCAGCCAGUCUUCCGGUCCCGAUCCGCGACCCUCCCCUCAGGCCUUUCCCAGGCACACCGUGGUCCGGCCCAGCUCCUGCGACGCGGCAGUGAAUAGUGGCGCUUUUAUGCCUCCGUCCAGGCCCAGACCUCCUCGUCUCCCGGCUGCGCCGCGCAUCAGGUAACCCCAGGAUUCUGUGAUUGUCGCCUGCGCCUGCUGAUGUGACCGAGGAGCCCCGAGGGACCUGUGCAUUCUUUGAGCUUGGUGCCUAUUCUUCGUCCUCUUUUCGGUCAGGGAUCUUGCAGUGGUCUUUGUUCCUUCCAUAAUGCCUGGCAUUUGAUAAAACAUUUGCUCAACUUGAAGAGACAUAUGGGCAGUGAAUCUGGAAAGGGAGAACAUCUUUGGUCCUACAGUGUUGUUGACACUGACAUUUCCUAAGUGAUGUUGAACAGCCUACUUUUGAUGUAAAUAACUGGCUAGACUUCAUCUUUUUCACUACGGAAGCUUAUAACCUAGAGAUUUAAAAACACUGCUUUAGGUCAUCACUAUAUUUAACUUGAAAGGUUAUUCCAAAAUGUUGAGAUACUGGGGAGAGAUACCAAUCUCAUCAAGCCAGACCAACAGAAGUUCCUUUGAUUUGCUCCCACGGGAGUUCCGUCUCGUGGAAGUCCAUGACCCACCCCUGCAUCAACCCUCAGCCAAUAAGCCCAAGCCCCCCACUAUGUUGGACAUCCCCUCAGAGCCAUGCAGCCUCACCAUCCAUACCAUUCAGCUGAUCCAGCACAACCGACGUCUGCGCAACCUGAUUGCCACAGCUCAAGCCCAGAGUCAGCAACAGACAGAAGGUGUAAAGACUGAAGAGAAUGAACCUCUUCCCUCUUGCCCUGGGUCGCCUCCUCUUCCUGAUGACCUCCUGCCUUUGGAUUGUAAGAAUCCCAAUGCACCAUUCCAGAUCCGGCACAGUGAUCCAGAGAGUGACUUUUAUCGCGGGAAGGGGGAACCUGUGACGGAACUCAGCUGGCACUCCUGCCGGCAGCUCCUUUACCAGGCAGUGGCCACAAUCCUGGCCCACGCAGGCUUUGAGUGUGCUAAUGAAAGUGUCCUGGAGACCCUCACUGAUGUGGCACAUGAGUAUUGCCUUAAGUUCACCAAGUUGCUGCGCUUUGCUGUGGAUCGGGAGGCCCGGCUGGGGCAGACUCCUUUCCCCGACGUCAUGGAGCAAGUAUUCCAUGAGGUGGGCAUCGGCAGUGUGCUCUCCCUCCAGAAGUUCUGGCAGCACCGCAUCAAGGACUAUCACAGUUACAUGCUACAGAUUAGUAAGCAACUAUCUGAGGAGUAUGAAAGAAUUGUCAAUCCUGAGAAGGCCACAGAGGACACUAAACCUGUGAAGAUCAAGGAAGAGCCUGUGAGCGACAUCACCUUCCCUGUCAGUGAGGAAGUGGAGGCUGACCUUACUGCUGGAGACCAGUCACUGCCCAUGGGAGUGCUCGGGGCUCAGAGUGAGCGCUUCCCCUCGAACCUGGAGGUCGAAGCUUCGCCACAGGCUUCAAGCACAGAGGUAAACGCUUCCCCUCUUUGGAAUCUUGCCCAUGUGAAAAUGGAGCCUCAAGAGAGCGAAGAAGGCAACGUCUCUGGACAUGGUGUGCUGGGCAGUGACGUCUUCGAGGAGCCCAUGUCCGGGAUGAGCGAGGCUGGGAUCCCCCAGAGCCCCGAUGACUCGGACAGCAGCUAUGGUUCCCAUUCCACCGACAGCCUCAUGGGAUCUUCCCCUGUUUUCAACCAGCGGUGUAAGAAGAGGAUGAGGAAAAUAUAAAAGGAAAAGGGGAGAUGUUCUGUCCAGAUUCAUAAGACCCAACAGAAAAUCCCGAUGUAGUCCAGUGUUCUCGUAAAAGAUGAUUUGACUCUUCCUCUUAAACACAGCGCAAUUUCUGGAUUUCAGUGGAGACGGAUUUAACCAAAUAAGUUUGCAUUUUACUUUUACAUCGUUUUUGUGGUUUCCCACAACCAAGCCACCUUUCCCAGACCGCUCACGACACCAGGAUGGUAAUCAGGAGACCGGAGUGCUGGCCCUGCCGUUCUUACCAUUGCACGGCUAAGAUACGCACACUGAUCGCCCUGUACACACGGACAUUGUAUAGACUGAGAUUGUUCUCAAACCUCAGAGCUGUGCUUGCAAAGACUCACAAGUAAAUAUAUGCCGCUAUCAGAUGUCAGUUUUUCCACUGAACUUGCUUCCCGUUGGGGUCGAAUCACUGGGAACCUGGUACUAAAACCUAACAGAAAAUAGUUAAUCCCCUUAUCAGUGGUCGUUUUAAAACCGUUUUUGCUGCCCAUGAGGUCUCCUGAACCCAGGGGUCUGUGGUGCUGCUUCGGACAGCCAUGUUCCAUCCACAUUGCUUUUUGGGGUUUUUUUUUUCUUCCUUUUUUCCUUUUAAUCUCUACCCCCAAAAUGGGGCUCAAACUCACGACCCCCAGAUCAAGGGUUGAAUGUUCUACCUAACGCAGGCACCCUUCUUCUUCCUUCUUUAGACUUACUCCAUCUACCCUCAUCCUUCUUGUCAUUUUCUCAUUUCCAUUCCACUUUUAAAAAUAUUUCACCAUGUACCUUUCAGUUGUUUUAUUUUCUUUGUUGGGAAUGAAGCAAACAGGAACUGUCCAAGGACAGACUUAUGUGAAUUCCAUUUGUUGCAUCUACUUGGCCGUCAGAGGAUAGCAGUCCAUUCCUUUGCCAGAAUUCCACAUCUGCAUUGUGUUGCUACUAGAUGGGCAGCCUCUAAAAGAGUUAACAGUACAUAUCUUUCUCCUUUACAUCAUGUCCUCAACUUUACAUGAUUACUCACCCAUCACAGUAUCCGCCCUGCCCAGCAUCUAGAAGUCUCAGUAUUUAUUGAAUGAUUAGCACUAGAAUAAUUAGGAGGAAUUAGCAGAUGUGUGUUUUUUGCUCUGGUAAUGGGUUCUGGUAUGUUAAAUCCUGCUGAUAUUUGGUUUUUGGGUGAAUACAAGUCUUUUGAAAUUUACAGCAUUCUUUUAAUAGAGACCAAAAUCAAGGCAUGGCUGUAAUUAGUACAUUACUGAAUGCCUUAAAUGUACGUCCCAGGUGCUGAGAAUGAAAAUGAAUGCAACAGCAAUAAAAUGAGAUUAUAAACCAUCA